AUGAAAGAAUGUGAACUACCUUAUUGCAUAGGUUUCUGUUAUAGCAUUGUCUGUGUGAACUCAGUUGUACAAGCUCGAAAACUGGUUGGCGCCGAUCCGCUGUUCAGUGGUGAAACUGAUUUGGAUCGUCAGUGCUCGGUGAUCCCGCAAGAAGCUCAAAUAGGUUUCGAUGCGAUCGCUUUGGGAUUCCUCAUAUUUCAACUUCGCGUCUUUCAUUCCUGGUUCUUCCAGCAUUGUAUGGUAGAGUAUCGAUCGGAGAUUAUCCUUGCAAACCGAGGAGCAGUGCUGAAGAAUCAGUUAAUUGAGAAAGAGAUGAAGGAGCAGAAUGAUCAGCAAAAAGCGAAAUUCGAUGAGAUUCGCAAAAGGACACAGGCGAUUCGUGACAGGUACAAUAAACAACUGGAGAAGGGUGAAAUAAUAUUUGAACCGCAAACGUAUGCUCAUGUUAGCUAUGAUCACUAG